AUGGAAAUCACCCAUCUCGGAUCUGGGGAACACCUGGCAGCUGUUCCACUCGGAAACAUACCGCAGUACUCCAGGGUAAAUUUGAUCAUCCUGCGGCGUCAUAUCCGCCUGCAUCCCAACCCUCCGCCCCCUUUUCCCCCGUCUCGCUUCCUCAAACAGCCGUUACACAAGGACAAACCCAAGACGGACAAGCUACGCGGACAAAGUCCGAGGCGGAUACGCGGACAUAGGGACGCCGAGACGAACCGGGAACAAUCUCGUGUUUGCGGAUGGGCCGAAGACGACGAUUCCAUCCUCUUCGACCCACACGCAGGAUGGAUUAGGGUUCGAUCCGGAGGGUGA